AUGGGCCUCGCCUGCACGGCGGCCAGCUCGGCAAGGGCCCCCAGGCCGUGCGCGGCGGCCGGGACGGUGAGGCCGGCGCUCGACGGCGCUUCGGCGGCUGCUGAGGAAGGAGGGAGCGAGGGGUGGGGAAGGAGGCAUGGGGAGGCCGCCGUGCUGCGAGAAGACCGGGGUGAAGACGGGGCUGUGGACGCCAGAGGAGGACCUCGUGCUCGUCUCCUACGUGCAGGAGCACAACCUCGGCAACUGGCGCGCAGGAGCUCGGCGGCGGCCCAAGACAGCAGAGCUGGGGGCGGCGCUCGCUUACUGCCUGGGACAGCGGUGGCUGCGCUUGGGGCGGCCCGGGCCGGCGGUGGCGGGCCGGCGCUCGACGGCGGCCUGCGGGGUUGGCUCUCGCCGGCGCACAAGGAUGGCGGGGGUGGUACUCGGGGGCGGCCCGGGGCAGCUCUCGCCGGCGGCCAAAGAUGGGCGGGGUGCUACUCCGAGGCGGCGCUCGACGGCCGGGGUGGUGCGGGAGGGAACAAGAUGUGCAUGGGGUAG